GGUAUCCUCACAGUGACGUGUGCCCGUAGACGGGUAUCCUCACAGUGACGCGUGCCCGUAGGCGGGUAUCCUCACAGUGAUGUAUGCCCAUAGACGGGUAUCCUCACAGUAACGCGUGCCCGUAGUUGAGUGUCUCAGAAGAGACGUGUUGACGUGUUAAUGUAAGAGUGGCUCAUGGCACAUGUUCGUUUCCCACAAUAUGGACAGUUAAUCAUUUGCCAGCUCUGGCUACAGUCUGCACCAGGUUCCUGCCUCGGGCCAUGACAGGCAUAUCAUGCUACGUGUGCUGAGCUAUUCACUGAUCCUGCUGCUGCUCGUGCUCCAGGGCCCGGCACACGGGGAGCCCGGGGCCAAUCCGGGGGCCGGCCCCUCGGCACAGGAACUCUUAUGGGGCUCGGACCAAUACGACUUUGCUAUUGUGGUGCAGGCCUCGGCUCUGGACUGCUUCUGGCACCAUGUGCACCAAGGGGAGAAAUUCUACCUAAACUACAUGGUGCAGUGGGUGACAGGGGUGGCCGACAGGCGUCUGUCUGUUUCUGUUAACUCUCCCGAUGGCCUCCUGCUCUCCAUGAUCGACGACGCCAAAGGCCAAGUCAGCUUCCUGGCACGAGAGACAGGUUUUUAUCAGAUGUGCUUCAGCAAUUUCCACAACCGCCUGGGCAGCAUGCAGGUCUUCCUGAGCUUCGGGGUUUACUACGAAGGUGCAAGAGAGGAGAAAGAGAAGGAGGAAAAGCAGAAAGAACUGAAUGACACGCUGUCCAUCAUCGAGGAUAGUUCCCACAGGCUGCAGGCCUAUGUGUUCCAUAUGGGGCGCUACUACAGCUUUGCCCGCAUGAGCAAAGGGGCAGACUACUACCUGCUCCUAUCCAACGGCAGCUACGUGACCUGGUGGUCUGCCGCCCAGAGUGCUGUCAUCAUCACGGCUGGAUACCUGCAGCUCCUCGUCCUCAAGAGGCUCUUCAGAACCACAACAAGCGCAGAGAGCAACAAGCCUCGCUGCUGAGGCAUCGCCCUGUGACCCGGCUCAGUCGCCCCCCACGGUGGCUCAGUACCUGCAGCCUGGCAACCCUCUAUGAUGAUUUACCUAUUACUGAGCUGGUUACC